GCAGAUCUGCACUCCCUCCUCCUUCCUCCCUCCCAUCUUCCCACCCAGGCUGGGCCCAGGCCACAGAGCAGCUGCAGGCCUUCUGAGAGGACCCGCACAGCCUCCUGUAGGUGGCAACAGUGCCACCUGUUUGACCGAUGGGGCUAAGCCAAGGACUGGAAGAGAGAGGAGGCAGACAACUCGGAGAAGAGCUGAGAAGCAGCGCAGAGCAGAGAGCAGAGCAGAGCCGCCGCAGAGAAAAGGCCUUCACCAUGGCCGAGUCCCCUGGCUGCUGCUCCGUCUGGGCCCGCUGCCUCCACUGCCUGUAUAGCUGCCACUGGAGGAAACGCCCCAAAGAGAGGAUGCAAACCAGCAAGUGUGACUGUAUCUGGUUUGGCCUGCUCUUCCUCACCUUCCUCCUCUCCCUGGGCUGGCUGUACAUCGGGCUCAUCCUUCUCAAUGACCUGCACAGCUUCAACGAAUUCCUAUUCCACCACUGGGGACACUGGAUGGACUGGUCCCUGGCAUUCCUGCUGGUCAUCUCACUACUGGUCACAUAUGCAUCCCUGCUAUUGCUCCUGGCCCUGCUCCUGCAGCUCUGUGGACAGCCUCUGCAUCUGCACAGUCUCCACAAGGUGCUGCUGCUCCUCAUUAUGCUUCUUGUGGCCACUGGCCUUGUGGGACUGGACAUCCAAUGGCAGCAGGAGUGGCAUAGCUUACGUCUGUCACUGCAGGCCACAGCCCCAUUCCUUCAUAUUGGAGCAGUCGCUGGAAUCACCCUCCUGGCCUGGCCUGUGGCUGAUACCUUCUACCAUAUCCACCGAAGAGGUCCCAAGAUUCUGCUCCUGCUCCUAUUUUUUGGAGUUUCCCUGGUCAUCUACCUGGCCCCCCUAUGCAUCUCCUCAGCCUGCAUCAUGGAACCCAGAGACUUGCCCCCUAAGCCUGGACUGGUGGGACACCGAGGGGCCCCCAUGCUUGCCCCAGAGAACACCCUGAUGUCCCUGCGGAAGAUGGCUGAAUGUGGAGCUGCUGUGUUUGAGACUGAUGUGAUGGUCAGCUCCGAUGGAGUCCCCUUCCUCAUGCAUGAUGAGCACCUCAGCAGGACCACGGAUGUAGCCUCUGUGUUCCCAUCCCGAAUCACAGCCCAUAGCAGUGACUUCUCCUGGGCUGAACUGAAGAGGCUCAAUGCUGGGACCUGGUUCUUAGAGAGGAAACCCUUCUGGGGGGCCAAGCGACUGUCAGGCCCUGAUCGAAAAGAGGCUGAAAAUCAGACAGUACCAGCAUUAGAAGAGCUAUUGAAGGAAGCUGCACUCCUCAACCUUUCCAUCAUGUUUGACUUGCGCCGACCCCCACAAAACCACACAUAUUAUGACACUUUUGUGAACCAGACGUUGGAGACUGUGCUGAGUGCAAGGGUGCCCCAAGCCAUGGUCCUUUGGCUACCAGAUGAAGAUAGGGCUAAUGUCCAACGACGGGCACCCAGAAUGCGCCAGAUAUAUGGACAGCAGGGAGGCAACAGAACCGAGAAGCCCCAGUUUCUCAACCUCCCCUAUCAAGACCUGCCACUGUUGGAUAUCAAGGCACUGCACCAGGACAAUGUCUCAGUGAACCUCUUUGUAGUGAACAAGCCCUGGCUCUUCUCUCUGCUUUGGUGUGCAGGGGUGGAUUCAGUCACCACCAACGACUGCCAGCUGCUACAGCAGAUGCAUUACCCUAUCUGGCUUAUUCCCCCUCAAAUCUACCUAAUGAUGUGGAUCGUUACCAAUUGUGUCUCCACCCUGCUGCUUUUGUGGACCUUCCUCCUCCAAGGGAGAUGUGCUAAGGAGAGAAAAAGAACUGGCUUAGAAACAGCAGUGCUGCUGACGAGGAUCAACAAUUUCAUAACAGAGUGAAUGCCCUGCCCACCCACCACCCCCAACUGGAGUCUGAGCCUGUCUGCGCUGACCAACAGCAAGACGGGGAGAGUGGCUGAAGUGGAAUGUCUCAGUGUAGUGGGUUGCGGUGGGGGGAACUUUACCAACAGGAGGUUUUGAACCAUGAGGGCCUGCUUCCUAGAUCAUGAGCAUGCCCCGUGCUGCUAUGGAAUCUGCUCCCCUUGGGGUUUUGACCUGAAGUGGUUGGGAAGACAGUGAGUCAUGAGAAAUUUCUCCCAAAAUGAAACCAGAGCAGAGGAAGUAAAAGGGAGAUUGC